CCACUCAAGUCAUUUUAGCUAAGUUUCUUUAGUUUUUUGAAGUCUUGGUUGCACUUUAAUCAGAUUUGUCGUUACAAAGUUUCUACACAACAUUAAAUCUUACCACAAUAAGUUAUCACAUUUUGUUACUAGCUAAGUAAGUUAUCCCAUGGUUGAAAUUGCUUUAUGUUGUGGAUUGCAGAACUUGGUUUUACAGUGUUGCACAAAGAAGCUAAACAAUAACUUUGCAAACCCUCUGAAUACAACUCGCCAUUAAAAUUUUUUGAAGAGAAUUAGAAAGAGAAAAGCCUUUGCUAUCACUAGAAAUGAAAGAUAGUCCAACCGAGCCACCUCUAAAGAAGCUUAAACAAGCAAGAUUACCGUUCCAAAUUUUGAGCCCCCCAGUGGUCAAGAACGUUGAAAGUCCUCCAUCUCAGUGUAAGAGAAAAGCUUGUGAAGCGACUUCAGACGAUGAGGUCGUUAUCAGUGAAAUCAAUGAGAAUAAAAUCAAGCCUGUUGAGAAAAAGGCAAAAACUGCAACCGAGGAUGAAAGUCACAAAAAGAAUGAAAGCAGUGAUGUUUGCACGGAAGUUGAAAAAGGGAAAAAUGGAAAAAAGGUUUCAGAGAAGAAACGACAAAACAAAAAAGAUAGUAAUCCUAAUAAACUUACCAGCACACCCAAGAAUAGUAGAAAAUCUGCUGGAAAGGGGUUGAAUAAGGCCAAAGGAAAUAAAAAUAAGCCGGACAAUUCACCAAAAACACCAGCAGUUGUGGAUUUUAUUGACUUGAGUGAUUCACCAGUUAAAGCCCCAUCUAAAGAGAAGGAACCAAAAAGUGUUUCUAAUGAUGAAGUCAACAUAUCAGCAGACCUAUCAGAUGACAAAGGAAACCAAUCAGAGGAUUGCGCAACCAGUCAAUCUGAUUCCUCAGUUACUCAUGCAGCGUCAGAUGAUCAACUGCAAGAAGUUGACAGUAAGUCGUCUGAUGAAAACAAAACUAAUAAUGACAAGAAGAUAGAAUCAACAGAAACUAAGAUAGAAGAAUCAGAAAAAGACAAAUCCAUAGAGAAAUCCUCUAGUACUGAUCUGGUGGAGGAAUCUGCUCCGCAGUCUAAGUCCACUAGUUCGAAUGAUCAGACGUCCAGCAUAGUCAGUUCCCCUAAACAGUCAUCAAUAGAAAAAUUAGUUACGUCACUGAACUCCAAAAGUAAUAGCACACCUGAUUCUCUUGAUAUUAGUAAAAAUAAAUCUGAUGAAGAAUGUGAUAUUAAAACAGAUGAGGAGGUACAGGAAAACAAAUCACACGACUCUCAAGCUUUAGAUGAUCAACAAAAGAGUCCAUCAACCAAGUCAACAGAUUCUUUGAAAAUAGAAACAAAUUUAAAAACUCCAUCAACAGCGAAUGAUUCACUCAUGAGUGAUGUAAGUUCUCCGUCGUCAGAAUGCAAUACUUCGUCAUUGUCAACCCCUGGGUCCGAUUCUAUAAAGAAAAUCUCAAAAACACCCCGGAGAAUGACUCCUAAGCAGCUAUUAAAAGUAAAAGAAUUGGAAGAAAAGAGAAAAGAAAGAGAACGAAUGAAGGAGGAAAAAGAGAAGAAAAGAGCUGAAGAAAGGGAAGAAAAACUCAAGUUAAAAAGGGAAAAAGAAGAAGAAAGGUUAAAACUAAAACAAGAAAAGGAAGAUGAAAAACGGAAAGAAAAAGAGGAAAAAGAAAAGAAAAGACAAGCAGAACUUGACCAAAAGAAUGAAGAAAAACGCUUAAAGGAGGAAGAAAAACGUCAAAAAGAGGAAGAGAAGCGAGUUAAAGAUGAAGAAAAGAGGAAAAGAGAAGAAGAGGAAAGGAAAAAGAAAGAAGAAAAGCGGCUGAAGGAAGAACAAAAGGAAGCAGAGAAAAGAAAAUCAGCACAAGCAUUUGCCAGUUUUUUUGUAAAGGCAGAAUCUAAACCUGUCUGUGUUGAGGAGGCUAAAGAAAAUACCCCUUUAGAUUCAAACUUUCAGCCUUUUGAGGUGAAGAAUGACAUGCGACUAGCUCCACUGGUUCGUACCCAACUGCUAGAAGAUCGACGUCAGUUACUAGACUCUGCCAUAGAGAGCCCCAAGGUAGAUGACUCACAGAGAUUGUACUUAGAACUGAUCCGCAGUCCAAGCUAUGUGUGUGGCUCAGCCUCCAGGACAUACCCCCCCCCUGAUGAUAAUGAGGAUGAUGUCAUUAUUAUUGAGUCUGAAAUGCCGAACGAAGAAUUGGAGGUGGAUGAAAACAAAAUUGGGAAAAAAACGGAGAAAAGGCGUAGACGAGCCAAACUGCUGCAGUUUCAUGAGAACAGAAGACCUCCGUACUGGGGAACCUGGCGCAAGAAGAGUAAACACAUCCGGCCUCGUGCUCCUCUCAACCAAGACAAGACAAUAUUGGAGUAUGAGGUGGAUUCUGAUGAUGAGUGGGAGGAGCCUGAGGAAGGUGAGAGUCUACGAGGCUCCGAUGAAGAGGAGGAACAAGAUGACCAGUAUGAGGAGGACAAUGAUAUGUUCGUGCCUCAUGGUUAUCUGAGUGACGGUGAAGGGGAUGAAGAUGAACUAGAUGAUAAUUCUCCAGAAUCUAUGAAGGCGAAGUUGAAAGUGCUUCAAUUGGAAUUUGAAACGGAACGAAAACAAAAGCAAGAGAAACUGAAACCUCGACUCAUUGGUUGUAUUUGGUUCUGCAACUCUGAAACCGUCCCUUCAAAUGAUAGCAACAUAGCGGCAUUAUUCCUAGCAAGAAGAGCAGUUUGGGAAGGAUCUCUCCCUAUCACAGUGGCUCCCUCCGUCCCCUCCUCCCCUUCUACGUCUGUCUCAAGGGUGGCAGAAAACACUGAACCAAAGAGUGGUGUAAAGAAGAAACUUGUCAACGAGUCAUUAAUCCCAAACAUCAUCAGAAAAAUACAUGGAAGUCGCAAGAAGCUGUCCAAGUUGCUGCUGGAAUUGAUGGAAGAGUGGGAGAAGGAUAAAAUUGAGCCUCUGCCGUCCAAGAACUGCCUGGUCAAGAGAAUUAGAGAGCUGGCUGUGUGGGAGAAACCACCUGGCACAGGCACACCCUGCUGGUUUGUCAAUGAGGAGGUGAGAGCUGCCUAUGGACUGGUAGAUCUGGCACUUCCCUCUCCCCCCACACCUACCCUCUCCAUGCCCAGUCCUGCCGCCAACAUAACCAAGUUCACCAAAGUGUUGACGACAGACGAGCGACUCAAACUGCUCAGGGAAUCACCUGCUAGCAGCAAGGAGCCACCCAAGGAACCCCCCAAAACUCCUUCAACUCCGGCAGAGAACUUGAAAACUCCGAACAAGACUGUGAAAACUCCAACAGUCAAACUUGCAACUGCUAGUCCUGUGGUCAAAAAACGAGCUCACCUCAUCACAAUUGGGCCUAAGGAAUCGCCCAAGCAAAGUGCAACGACUUCCAUGAUGAACUUUGUCACUAAAUCAGCGAAGAGUGAUGAAACUGAAAGUCCUAAGCAGGAGAAGAAGGUGGAAGAAAAAGUGAAAAAGAGAAUUACUCCUAUUACUUUGACAUCAUCUGUUCAUAAACUCGUCACUCCUGUUUCCCCUAGUUCCGAUGAUUGUAUUGUCAUAGAUGACUAAUUAGGCGGCCUCUAGCUCGAUGCCUUUAAGAGUAAUAUUUAGCUGUAUAAUAUUUGUAUAGUUUUCUUUUUCCUUAUAUAUUUUAUACCUAGUAUAUUUAUAACAAAAUAAAUCUUUAACUGAU